AAGAAAACAAAAAAUCAGCUGGUUUUAGUGAGAGAUUUGAAAAAAGAUGUGAAGUUUCAAGUUAUUUUAUAUUAAAUUAUUUAAAUAUAAUUUCGUUUAUUAAAAUGACAUGUCGUGUUUGUGCUUUAACGGUUUCUAUUGAUUGUGUGAAUAUAUUUGUUGGAACUGAACCGGUCUCUGAUAUGAUAACGACACUGUGUGGACUCAAGCCAGUGCAAGACGAUGGCCUGCCAGACAUCGCAUGUUCCAACUGUUAUGCCGAUCUCAAGUCGGCAUUCUCACUAAGGAAGAAAUGCUUGGAGUCGGAUGCCCUGCUGAGACUCAGUUUAGGUGCAAAAAAUGAAUCACCAACGGAAGAGGUUUCGAUGCUAGAAAGCAUAGAAGAAACUCCGACAAUCACUUACAAAAUAAUCUACGAAAACGACUUGGACACUUCUCACAUAGAACUGGAACUAGAUGACGAACAGCACGUGGUAGAAGAGGAAGUAUUAGAAGAAAUUUCCGAACAACCGGAGGAAGAACCCACAACCUGCGAGGAAAGCCUCGAGCUUAUGUUCCGCUGUUGCGGGUGCGAAACGGGCUUCGAAACAAAAGAGCUGCUGCUCAAACACUCCAAAGUUAAGCACGAAUCAAACCGAACCUUCAACGAGGAGCGUCCGUUCGAAUGUGGAAUCUGCUUCCGCCGGUACAUGUCCGAACGUGGGCUUAAGGUUCACCGAAGAGGUGCGUACCAAUUAAAGCGUCAUCAAUGCUCAAUCUGCGGGAAACGGUUCCUCGAUAAAACAACGAUGAACAACCACGAAAGAAGUCACACAAAGGCGAAACCCUUCGCGUGCGAGGCCUGUCCAAAGAGCUUCGGCUCGCGGUCAAACCUGCUGUCGCACGAGAAGCUGCACCGGCCGGAACUGUCCAGUCACGUGUGCACGCUCUGCGGGAAUCGGUUUAGCAGGAAGAGUUACCUCAAGCAGCAUUACACCCUGCUGCACAGCGACGAAACGCCCUUCCGGUGUUCGCUCUGUGCGGCCAAGUUUAAGGCCAAAGCGAACCUGAGGCUGCACAUGCGGACGCACACCCAGGAGCGGCCGUACUCGUGCGAGCUGUGCGACAAGAGCUUCAUGUAUCCGACCGAUAAGAAGCGCCACAUGAUUCAGCACACCGGGCAGAAGCCGUUUCAGUGUACGCACUGUGAGAAGGCUUUCACGCGGAAGGGACUGCUGCGGAAGCAUCAGUUGUGUCACGAGGAGGAGGAUGGGGAAGGGGAGGACGAGGCAGUUGAAGAGCAGGAAGAAGAUUGUGUGUAGAACAGGAAUGUUAAUAUUAUUAUUUUUUAAUAAAAAAGUUUUUCAUGACAUCGUAAAA